AUGGAAAAUUAUCUGGUAAGUCUGGCACUGGUUUUUCUAGUUCACUUUGCCCUCGCUGCAGAUGCUGAUACACCCAGUGUUGUUGUUGGAAGUGACUAUAGUGGAUUAUACUAUGUGAAUUCCACCUUUGGAACACCUGGCCAAGAGCAGAGGCUUCGGAUCGACUUGUCGCAGCCAUACAUAUGGUUAGUGUCCGGUGAAAUUUAUCCUCAGUGCAACAAAUUAGGUAGCGGAUGUCUAAAUGGAUCACUUUAUUAUCCAUUACAAAGUACUACUAGUAACUUAGUCGACGAUGAUUAUAUUAGGCUGCAGUUUUUAGAUUUGAUAUCGAUAAAUGGUACUAAAUAUAGAGACAACAUGAAUUUCACCCAACUGUCAACACUAAAAAAUGGAACCAGCCUUAAUGACAGUAAUGUGUUAUGGAACGAAACUCAGGGAUGGUUGACCAUUAAUAGUACCUCAUUCAUACUUGCUAAUGAGACUGGAUCCUUAGUUCACGGUGCUUUGGGUUUAUCUGGGCCUAUCAGUGUUCCUGCCAGUGAUUCGGUAUCCUCUUUGAACUUUGAUGAUUCUUAUUAUUUUUUGACACAUCUGAAAAAUGCAGGUGUAAUUGAAACUUCUUCAUAUUCAUUAUGGGUUAAUAACGCCUCCAAUCAUAGUGUAGAUGGUCAGAUUAAUAGAGCAAAUGCCGGAACGCUGUUGCUAGGAUCCGUUGAUCCGAAAUAUUACGAUGGUGAUUUGAUUUCCUUUGGCUCAAUCCCAUUCAAAGAUGAAUCAUCAGGUUACCUCUCUACUGGCUAUCCUAUUGUCCCUAUGUCUAGGGUCAGCAUUGCCAACAGCGAACAAGAGGCCGUCAACUUAACAGACAGCAGUUUCUUGCAACCGGUUUUCAUUCAUUCAAGAUACUUGUACAGUUAUUUACCAUUGAGUUUGAUCAUUCAGGUCUCUAUUCAAACGAAUGCUGUUUACGUGGAAUCAUUGGAUCGUUGGUUAGUUGCUUGCGAUAUUGGAGACAUGGGGUCAAAUCUGAUAUUCGAGUUUGGUAAUCUGAAUAUCAGUGUUCCGACCGUAGAUUUCUUAGGGGCAACCUAUAAUAUGUAUUCUAAUUCCAGUCUACGCUUCACCAAUGGUAAAGAAGCCUGCUAUUUGAAGAUGUAUCCUAACUAUGCUACCUCAUUCAGUGUCUUGGGUCAAUCUUUCAUCAAGAACGCUUAUAUUGUCCAUGAUGUUGAUAAUAGUAACAUUGCCUUAGCGCAGGCCGCCUCCGAUGAAGCCGUUGAAAAGGCUGCUAACAAUUCACCCGCGAAGAAGAUAGAAUCGAGUACAAUCCCAUAUGCAUUACCAAAUAAUUUCACUUACGACCUGGCUAUGUCAAAUUCCCUAGCAACUAUCUCAUCCGUGCUACUGAAUAGAUUCACAGCAACCAUAGCGUCAGACGGUGAAAUUUUCACAGGAAGGUCAUUCUAUGACACUUCAAGAACAACAAGUUCCAGUGAGCACACUUCCUUUAUAGGACCACCAGGAUCAACAACAAAGAAAAACUCUGGAACGCCGUCAGCUGCAGCUGCCAGAAUACAAAAUCAUUUCUCAUCACUAACAUCUCCAGACAAAAACAUCUGGGGAGUUUCAUUAGCAUUGGUCAUUUGUGGCCUCUUUGGUUUGGCUUUGACCUUGUAA